AUGUCUGAAUCUGUGAAUCUAGAACUUAUGAUCACUAUUAUCGAAGAACGGCCAGUAAUUUGGGAUAUAACUCUAGACAUUUACAAAGACAGAAACUUAACGAGGAAUGCAUGGAAGGAAAUAUGUUUGGCAUUUGUUGAGGAUUUUGAUGAUAAAUCAGAAAAAUACAAAGAUGAUAUUAGGAAAAUGUAUCUCAAUAAGUGGUCCAAUAUUAGGGACAAUUGGGUUCGUUCAUACAAACAAUUUAAAAGUAAUGAACGAUCUGGAUCUGGUGCAAAUAAAUCCAAAAAAUAUAUAUUUCACGAACAGUUAAGGUUUUUAGAAAAAGUAGUCGACCAAAGACCUACAAUUUCCAGUUUGGCGAAAAAAAAUGAUAACUCUGAAGAGGACAAUGACCGCAGUAUAAUUAACGAAUGUUGUUAUGCUAUAGAAAAUGAAAAUACGGCUGAAGCAACUGUUUCAAAAUCUCCUCGAAAAUCUCUGAAAAGCUCCGACCAAAAAAAAAAUUAA